AUGAGAAGACAGUACCGCACCAUACUUCCGCCGCAUGGCGACACGAUAAGACAGCCGCUUUGUCAGGCGUGUCGCGGUCUGCGGCCGGUGAGCCGUCGGAACGAGGGCGGACAGCGGCGAGUGUUCGACAACGCACGUCCGGCGGGAGGCGCGCGGGUCCCCAGCCUGGCAAAGGCGGCCGCCAGCCGCCCCCACAAAGGGCGCCGCCGCUGCCGUGUCGGUGCCCCCCGGCCGAGGACAGAAGACGAGGCGGGACGUCCCGUCCAGUCGCCGCUUCCAGCAGACCGGCUGGCCACACGGGGCGCGACGGCCGAUCCAGCUGGAACUCCGGGGCCCAAGCCGCGCUCUGGCUACACGCGCAAGCGAGGCUACGGAAACGACUACAGCGGAGAUGCGUUGCGCAAGGCUUCUCCCAGACUAAACGCUUCGGGCACCGAACGCGCCCCCGCGGCGCUCCUCAGCCGGUGUGCCGCCGCCGCCGCCGCCGCCGCCGACGCCGCCCCCACCCCACCCACACCCCAGGGGACGGUGCAGAAUAAGGCUGCAGACGCCGGACUGGGGAUCUCGGGGCGCCGUGACGGCAGAGCAGGCUGGGUCCCUGCGGCCGCCGCCGUAGCUGCGGGUAGGGGGUCGGCCUCGCCGCUGCCGCAGCUUCCGGGAAGGCCGGCCCAGUGCAGCUCGAGUUGCCGGCUGGCCGGUUCAAGGCUGGCGGUCCAGGGGGAGGGCGGUGGGCGCUUCCGCCAGCCUGCGGCGCCGGCUGCACUGCCCAGCGCGUCGGCGCUCCGGCGCACGGGAACCCGAAUGCCGAACUGCGGGCGUUCCUCCAGGGAGUUCUCUGUCUUCCGCAGAAAUCAGUCGGCCCCGGCCGGCUUUUGUUUCGCGGGCCGCGGCGCGUGGGCGGCGACCCCGCGCUCCGCCACGGGCUGGCUGGCUGUCGGCCGGGGGUCCGGCCCGCGGGGUCACGCGGCAACCGGCAAGGACGGCGCGCGCCGGCCGGCUCAUUACGCAUUCAAGGCGCAGCCUCAGAUUGCAGCCCACGGAGCCUCCCUACCAUUAUACUCCCACCGGCCCACGGCGGAGCGACGCCCGCCGCCCUCACGGCUGACUUCGGUGCAGAGCCGAUCGGCAGUAACAGAUGAUGUGUUGCGGGCGUGCGCAGCAUCCGCUUCGCUGCCGCCGCUGUCGUGCUGUCCGUGA